AUGUCGAGACUGACCAACACAGAGUUCAUCUCGUCGCUCAAGGACGCUUUCGACGGCAUUUCCAAGAAGGAGAAGAAGCACUCCCUUUAUUUCACACAAAAAAGACUCAGUCCCGCCAACGUGGAGCCCGAAGAGCCUUCAAAGGAGUACCCUCUACUGAUCCGAGUGGCUUACACCACUGGAGGAAAGAAGACCAAGCUGACCACCGAGGUGGACCCUUCUAAUCUCGACGAGUUCUGGAAACAGUACACGGACGUAAUGAAAGCCGGCAUGGCUCUCAAGAAGAAGGACAAGAAGCGAAAGCGAAAGUAG